CAACAUUUCCGAAUAUAAAAUGAAUCUCGUAUUUGUGGUGUUGUCCUGCCUGAUGGCCACCGUAGCCGCCGCCCCUCAGUUUACUCGACCCAACCUUCCGGAUCGACCUUUCGUCGCCAUCCUGAGGGACGAGCGACAGGAUCAGGGCGACGGAGCCUUCAACUACGUCUUCGAAGCCGCCAACGGAAUCCGCGAGUCCCGCGUGGGCUACCCCGGAUCCAAGGGCCAGACUAACAUGCAGGGAUCCUACAGGUUCCCCCUCGACGACGGCACCUUCGCCGAGGUUCGCUUCGUCGCCGACGAGUUCGGAUUCCGCGCCGAGUCCCCCCUCCUGCCCACCCCCCACCCCCUCCCCGCCCACGCCGUCGAGCAGAUUCGCGUCGCCGAGGAGCAGCGACGUCGCGGAAUUCAGUUUUGAGAAGGCCAUUGUAAAUAAUGAAUAAUGCAUUUGAAAUCCGGAAUUAAAAGAAGAGUUCAUCA